GACACUACUGAGCAGAAGAAGCCGAGCCAUGCUGGAUCCAAGCCCUCCCUCUCUGAGAGCAGUUGCAGACUCCCUCAGAUAGCCAUGAACACCUGCAAGUACAAUGGCGGAGUGGUGAGACCACUAGUAGGCAGCCUGGCAUCCUCGUCGCGCCGUAAUCUUGCAGAGCUCGACUCAGAGACACAACCCUUGCAGACGCUGCACAGCUCUGGCCUGGAGGUGGUGGUGUCCAAGGGAAACGGCGGCGAAGAUCCCAGUAAAGCAUCCAAUGAGAGCUUGGUCAGGGAGGGCAGUGGGCGAAGUGAAGGCAGAGCUCCCCAGAAGAAAAACAAGGACAUUGGUUACAAGCUUGGACAUCGGAGGGCAUUGUUUGAGAAGCGGAAGAGGCUAAGCGAUUACGCACUCAUCUUUGGGAUGUUUGGAAUUGUUGUCAUGGUGACAGAAACUGAACUGUCAUGGGGGGUAUACACUAAGGAAUCUUCAUACUCAUUUGCACUGAAAUGCCUUAUCAGCCUUUCCACUGUUAUAUUGCUUGGUCUUAUAAUAAUGUACCAUGCCCGGGAAAUCCAGCUGUUUAUGGUUGACAAUGGUGCGGACGAUUGGAGGAUAGCCAUGACAUAUGAGCGAAUCUUCUUCAUCGUGCUGGAGCUUUUGGUGUGUGCCAUUCACCCUAUCCCAGGCCAAUAUGUCUUUACCUGGACGGCACGGCUGGCCUUUACCUACACUCCAUCCGUGGCAGAUGCAGAUGUGGACAUCAUUCUCUCUAUUCCAAUGUUCCUGAGACUGUACCUGAUAGGCAGGGUCAUGUUACUCCACAGCAAGCUGUUCACGGACGCUUCAUCCCGCAGCAUUGGGGCUCUCAACAAGAUCAACUUCAAUACACGCUUUGUCAUGAAGACUCUCAUGACCAUCUGUCCAGGAACUGUUUUGCUGGUGUUCAGUAUAUCCUCCUGGAUCAUUGCUGCAUGGACUGUGCGUGUCUGUGAG